GCGAUCCUUACCUCUUCAGUAUAGGUUAUUGUAAGAAAACAGUUAGUCCAACUAAUCAGGCUUUUCAAAGAAAUAGAACAUUCACUAUGUCGGAUGAGUCUUAUACACAUUUGUACAAAGGUGCUGUGACUUCAAAACCUGGGAAUGAAACUGUCUUAGGGACUCCCGUACCUGUUGCACACUCAACCGUUGGCUACGAUAAACUUUCCAACAAUCACAAACGUGAUCGGUUUCAUUUAAAUGAAACGCAACAAACUUCUCCGGCUUUUGGAAAACAAACGUAUGUUAUCAAUCCGUUUAUCAGAAAUCAAAGUUACGACGUCUCUAAUUCUAAUAAUAAAGAAUUAAGUAUUCUAAACAUCGACACAAUAAAGGGUCUAUCUGAUAGUGUAUUAGAUCGUAGUUUACAGAAUCCCAAAUACAAUGAAAUAUCCAGAAAACUAGAUUUAGGAAAUAGAAAUAAGCAGAUGGAUACCUUUAAAGUUGAAAACUGUCAAUCACUAGCAAAUCUGUCGACUGAUAUGGAGACUCAACAAAAAAUACAAUUUGAUGAUGAGGAAUUGAAGAUGCUGGAAGAAGCUUUCAGCGACUUUGAUUGUGAAGCAUCUGAAGCGACUGCUCCAACUCGAGUUUGCGAGACAUUUGCUCGUCGAGUAUCGUGUGAUUUACUAGACGUUGAAGAACAAUGUUCAAAUGGAAAUAGCACAUCAGUUUCUUCCCUGUCAUCUAGUGAAGGUAUCUGUGAUGUUGAUGGCAGCAAUGUUGGCGUUGUCGACCUAGUCAAUCCUAGUGUUUCUACCCAUUCAUGUAAUAUCCCUCAGACCACGGAAUUGCCAACUCUAGUUUCAGAAUGUCAUUCGAAGAACACUAUCGAAAAGCAAGCAGACUCUUCAAAGAAUGAGUGUGGCCAAUCAAUUUUAAGACCUCAAAACAAAAAUUAUUCACAUUUGCCUUGCCUUACUGGUUUAUCAUCUGUUUUUGAAGUUGACUCAAAUGAAACCAAGUCCGAUGAUUGCGUACAACCUAACUUAUGCCCAAUAACUACAUCGCCUUUAAAACUAAAUCAAGCAAUAACAGUCUCACCAGUACAGAAUCUAAUCAGUCACACUUCAAAAUGUAUAAAUAAUGAACCAAUCCAAUCUAUGAACAGAAAUAAUAAUUUAUCAACCCAAACACAAGUGACAGAACAGAACUUAUCCAGUAAAAGUUCACAUCCUUCACAAAAAGUAAAUAACCUUAGUGAUGCCAGCAGUUUGAAACUGAAACAUUUGAAUUUGAAUCAAUCAGAUAUAUCACAUGUUGAUAUCAGUUGUCUACAUAUGUCCGAUAUUGACAGUUUGUUAGAUAUGAUUACAGCUACGGGUAAGCAGCCGGAUGAUGACAAACUGGAAUCGGUUUCUCGUCACAAUAAAUUAUCUUCACAUUUAGAAAAACAACUUGAGGCUGUUAGACAAGCUCUAAGAUCUAAUAUUCCUAGUAAUACAGUUAAUUCUAGUAAAAUCCCAGCUGGUGUAAACGGAAAACAGCCAAAUUUUUCACAAUCCAAAGUGGAUGCACUAAAGGAAAAUAUUCCUCCUACAAAUACAACUAGUUCUGGCCAGAAUGUAACUCACAGAAAAAAACUAUCUCAUUAUCCUAAUCCGGAUGUUCCACAUGUGCCUGCGAAUCCAUCAGCUAAAUCCCAUUCGAUUAAUGCUACAAACGAGAAUCCAUCAGUUCAUGACGGAUCUGUAAUCCCGCAAAAAGAUUCUUUCUCUCUAGAGGUGUUAAAAUCUCAAAAUAUUCCUAUUCUAUCAAAUACUAACUGCUUAAUUUGGGCUGGUGCAGUUUGUGGACAGAUACAUCGACAACAUUUCCUUAUCAAACAUCAAAUGGACAAACCGACUACCAUAUCAUUUGUCGUUCACCCCAAAUCAGAAGUGUUUAAACUUGUUGACGAAAAUGGUUAUUUGAUUACUGGAACAUUCCAUAUUUACUUACCACCAAAUCUUGAAUAUGAAGUAAGUGUCGCUUACGUUGCAAAGCAUCCAGUUUCUUGGGACUUCGGACAUUUACUUUUACGAUCUGAAGAAUUCAAAACUGCCACUUUUAAAGUAAGACUAAUUGGUUAUACAAAUUCCAGUGAAUUGGUUUGUUCUUGUUGUUCAAAAUUAAGUCCCAAUGUUUAUUGGGUUGUUGCGUCUAAAAUUGAUCCCAGUUCUGAGUCAGUGGCUAAAGAUAAUGAAAAAUUUCAUGAAGCAAGUCUACGUUCUACCAAAUAUGAACUUACUUCAAAUGUAUCUGGAUGCUCUUUGGCAAGUAUUAAUAUAAGUAAUUAUGGCUCUAGAUCUGCUUGGGUCUGUGCUCGUGUUGAUUGGGUCGAUCGAAAAACCGCCAGUCAAAAUGAACAUGAUGAUACUUCUGAAUGCGGUGUUAUUAUUGAACCCAAAGCUUUAGUUAUUGGAUCGAAACAAUCUCAGAGCAUUUUUAUUACUUUAAAGCAUGGUGUAAAUGCUGCACGUAUAGUAUUUUACCAUGGAGAUGAAGUUGUUCGUUAUCAGUUCCGACGAUUAUGUGCUUGUUUUGAAGAGACCAUUUCAAAAUUGAGAAAACGAUCCAGUCACAGCCGUCAAGAUAAUCGUUUACGAUUAUCAGACAUUUUGAAAGAUUUUGAAUAUGAACAAUCUAUCCAAAUCGUUGAACUGCCUCCGGCAUCCUUCAAUGAUCUUCGACCCCAGGACUGGCAUCAGGCCUUUAUGGAUCAAGUAAAUCAUCGAGAACAUAUGCUCCUGUGCAUUUAUACUUCAAAACAAAAUCAAAAUUCAAACACUCAAAAUCAACGCAGCGUAUAUUUAUCCAGUUCAGUAUCGGAAUCUGUACUUGAGAAUUCGUUAGCUAGUGUUUUUGUACAACAAGAUGCUUUCAAACGUCGAAAUUCUAUUAAUCCUAUUCAUCGUGAAAGUUCUGCAACAUUUUUUUCAAAGCCAAUAUCGAGAAAUGGUAGUUUGUGUGAACCUUAUUCGACAAAUACUUUAACUCCUAAUAUUUCAACUGGUCAAAGUUCCAAAGGAAAAACGUCACUCGUUCAACUGCCAAAAUUAGAAAUAAACCCUCCGUAUAUUUUGGUGUUUCCACCAUGUACUCCCAAUUGCUCAACAGAAGCUCAAUUUUCUGUGAGCUUAAAACCAAGUUCACCUAGUGAAGAUGAAACGUCUUCCUUGUCAUUAUGGAAAGUGUUUUGGUCGGCAAAUCCUGUAACUGGAAUACAACUGCGAAAUAUUACUUCAAAUUCCUCUUAUCCACUUAACAAACGGUCUACCAUGGAACAAGGUAUCUUUCAGUUGUUACCUUCUAAAUCGAAUUCACUCAAUCAACACAGCAUUAAUAAUAAGUCAGUCAGUAGUGUUGGCAUUUUAUCAACCAAUGCUAAUAACACGGAAUUUCGUUCAUUUUUAAUACCUUUUCGUUUCAAACCUACUUCAUAUUGUGAAAAUAUUUUAACUCAAGAUUGGCAUUUGGAUUUUUGGCUAGAACCAUGUAUACAGAGCCAAUGUCAUUUUAUAUCUAAAUGCAAUUUAAAAGAUUCAGUCACACUUUUAGUCACUUUAGAAGGUUCGUGUCAUGAUCAAGCAACAAUGAAAGAAUCACUCACAUACCUGCAAAGCAUAGGCGACUACAAGUUAAAAUACCCUCCUCCGAAGUCUCAAUGUUUUAAUGAUCGUACUUCGUUGAUGAUUGAUGAAAACACUUUGAAAACGGUUCAUAUUGGUCCGAUUGAUGUGAUUGGCCUACCAGUUUCUUUUGAUACUAUAGACUCCAAUUCUUCAGUAACCUCUCGUUCUCACAAUAUUAUGUUGAUCAAUCGAAUGAAGACAGCUGAAGCAUUCGUCAGAUUAAAACUUCCAAGACCACCAUUCUACGUUAUGGAGCCCAAGGAAAUAAGGUUUCGUAUAUCACCUCGUUCCCGUGUACGAAUAGUGCUUAACUUUCGACCAUACACACUAGGAAAAUCAAGUUCCGUUCUGGGAAUUAGUGUUGAAUAUCACAAACAAGAAAAUUUAUCUAUGGAAAAACCCCAUUUUAACGUCAAACCAACUAUCGAAUCUUUCCAAGUUCAUUUAUUCGGUACAAUGAAUUAACUUCAAAUCUUUCUUAUUCCUUGUAUUUUACAACUGUAUGUCCUUACUGCUGAUUUUUAUGUAUAUUUAAUAUUUCAUACACAUAGUUC